AUGAAACAGGGAGGAAUCAUCGACUGGCUCGCUAAGACUCAAUAUUGUAAAUACCAAUGGUCUGGCUCCAGCCCAGGCGACAGCGACACUCAUCAGCACGACCAAACUCUGGACGAUUGUUCUGCGUCGCGGGAGGAUCUGCAACGACCUUGCAAACGUCCUAGGCUCUCUGGGCCAGAUGCAGUGAUUGCAUCGCUUAGAACUCCUCCACUUUCCUCGCAAGGCUCUGCAACGGCUCUAGCGAUGGCCCGGCCAGGAAAGCGCAGUCGAGACAACGAGGCAAGCGACCACGAGGACCGACCUUCUGACGGCGGCAGUGACGAGGACAUUCUGGUGACCCCAAGGCCGAAUCGGAAGUGUGCCGAUCUAGAGAGCCUAGCGAACACAUCAACCCGUAGCUCCAGGCACUCAGCCUCGUCGGCGUCGCGUAGAUCAUCACCAAGAAAACAGAUGCGUACGGCGGAGCGCGUCUCUAAGGGUUUUCUACAUGAAAAGCUCUCUCAAAACAGGGAUAAGCUGAGCCCCUCGCUCUUGGAGCUGCUUGGGAAGUUGGAAGCAUUUGACAGCGGCGUGGGUUUACUCCCCGUAGCGACACGAGAAGAACUCGCGCACCUUCACAUUCCCGAUUACGCAUACAUCGCAGCCGACCGACAGCCUCCCCUGCUCUCUCGUCUUCCUGGUCCCAACUUCGUCCAGCGGAUCCUGAACCGCGCUGCCGAAUGCGAGAUUGAGAGAGAGGGCGAGUGCUCCUGGAAUAUGGACGUCCAUGCACCGUUGUUAGCGUGGGUCUGUCGUCCAGAUGAUAUUCCGGGCUUAGUCGACUUCAGAUGCUGUACGUCGGCCACGGUUCACCCUGAGUACCAGCCAAGAGGCUUCCCGUCCAAGAUGGUAGACUUCUACAUAGUCAUCCGCCCCCCGAGAGGCAGCAUCGAGGAUAUUACGAUCGAUACUAUUACCGAUUCGAUGCCCGGAAGAUCUAUCAACCACAGCGACUGGGGCAACUUCACGCGGAACCCGAUCGCCAUCUCGUUCGAAACGAAGCGUUCUGACGAGGACACAAAUAAGUCGAUUCUCCAGAUGGGGACAUGGCACUCGUGCCAAUGGCGAAGUCUUCGGAAGCUCGCUCACGGGUCUCCCGAGCGUAAGCUUGGUUUUCUCCCCGGGGUCAUGGUCCUCGGCCAUGAAUGGUCGUUCGUGGCGAGUGUACCAGGCCCUGCUGAGCAGUCCAUCCUAUACACAAGGCAACGAAUGGGAACAACCGAGACCGAAGUCGGCAUAUACAAGAUAUUGGGGGCGCUGCAACUCUUGCGUGACUGGACAGCCAAAGAGUAUUGGCCGGCAUUCAAGACCGGAAUAUUGAGGCUCCCAUAA